CGCACAACGCAGACCGCGCGGCCUAAGCAAAAGGCUGGGAAGACAGCGGGGCGGGGUUAGACUGGAAGUUCCGCCUCAGCCUCUCUCUCUGCGGCGGUGUCGCACUUCUGAGAGGCUCUGGCGUGGGGCAGGGCGGCGUUCGUCUGGGACCCGCCUCAAGCCUCGCAGCCUUUCACCCGGUUUCCUCCCGAUUCUUUCUGGGACGACAUAAUUGGGAAGCGGUUCUCCAAACAUACUCUCAAGGCGUAGUUGCAGUGAGUUGUGAAGAAAUGUUGAUCCCAGAGAAAAGUUGGCAUUUUGCCCACCUCAAAGAUAUUUUAGUUUUUGGUCGACCAACUCACAUUGAUGCCUAAGACCCAGCUGAUUUCUCUUCAUUUCUGCAAAGUUACUGUACCAUGGCAGGCCAACGAACAUGUCAAAGGAAGAGCAGCAGAGCUGGCCCCAAGAAAAUGCAAGAACCUCCAAAGAGCAUUGAAGAAUUCUUAAAGUUUCAAAAUUGGGAUUAUUGGCCAAGGGAAAUCCAUUUUAGAGAUGAUGAUGAAUGGUCAUGUACUCUGAAAAAAAUAAAAGAAGAUAGUUCAUUUGUUUCAAUUUAUACACACCUAUGGGAAAAUGUUCCUCGAAUAUUUGAAGCACUUUUGAUCAUGGAAUCAAAAUUAAAGGAAUAUUCACUUAUUUUGCAAAACCACACCUCUAAAAUAUUUAAGUGGAAAAGCAUGAUUUCUGAGACAAGUUCUUAUAGAAAAUUGGAAAGAUAUGGGGAAUUUCUAAAGAAGUACCAUAAGAAAAAAAAGAUAAUGCUUUCAGAUGAAAUGGAGACAGAGAAGAAUAUAGAGGGUUGCAGCUUCACAGGAUUCAAAGCAAAUGAACUUACUAAGCUACCCAGACAUUUGGAUGCUGAACGAAUUUAUCUUUUUAUUUUAAAAGCCCAUAAUUUUGAUGAAAGAGUUUUUAAAAUCUGGAAGACUCAUUUUCUCUCAGAAGCCUCCAUUGCUCUUUUGCAUGACUCCUUUUGGUGGUGGUUUCUCCAUAAGUUCAGGCCUGACAGAGAAAACCAAGAUUGCUUAUUCGAUAGAAUUUCAGAAAGUUAUGUGACACUUUUCAUGAGCAUACCUCUAAGUCGAAAGGAUGCAUUCUUUCAGAUAUAUCCUGAUUGUUUGGCACAAGCCAUAUAUGCAACAUUCCAUGAAGCAUUUCCAGAAUCUAGUUACCUCUUUAAUGAUGAAUUUAAAGAAGAUCUAGGGAAUACCAUUUUUCUUUGGUGUUCAGGUUUAAAACCUCAAAAAGGCUUUUGGACCCACUGGAAACUGAAAGAACUCUCCACAACCACUAUUCACGGUAGCAAAAAAGCACCUGCAAAAUCAGUAAAGGAAAGAAUUGCAGACAGUCAAGAACGUAUAACAACUACUAUCGACUUCAAUAUUAUAAAGAUUCUAAACAACCCAAGAGCAUAUGUGUUGCCCAUAUCCAAGGAAGAAUCAGGAUUAUCAAGACUAACAACAAAGACUCCAAGCAAAAGCUACCAAGAAACCUCAUGAAGUGAAACAGGACUUUGAGAAGUUUCUACAUGAACUGCGUUCUGAAGCUGAAAUUGAGAGAGAAUGUGUGGCAUCACUGUCGUCGUCAUCAUCAUCAUCAACAGAGAACUACAACUUUGAGGAAGAAGAGUACUAAGAGAAACUGGAAAUGAACUCUAUUUAAGAAUAAUGCAUACAAUUCAAUGGUAUCAGUUUAAUUUUAACAAUAUAUUUAAUUCAAGUCCAAUUCAUGUAAUCAGUAUUAAGAGUGUGUUUUACCAUUCAUCUUUAAAAUCUUCAAAUGAAUAAUUCUCAGUAAAUUAUUCUUAAAAGAUCUGUCCAAGCAUGAUCUUGACUCUUAAUAGUAAAACCAUAUUUUAAGAUGGAAAAAUAAUCAUUAUGAAGCAUAGAGAGCUUUCAAUCAUUUCUUUGAAAAUAUAUCUUGAUAUAAUAGCAACCAUUCAUCAUAAUACAAAACAGAAAGAAGAUUAAUUUACUGUGGCAUAGAAAGUCCUGCCAAUUCCUAAGUGUCCUAAAUAGUUUCUCUGAGAUUUUUUACAUUUUUUCAGGCCUCAAGGAAAACCAAAGCCCCGCCUCCAGGUUUGGUAGCAAACAAACUCUGCUUCUCUGGUGCUAAGCUUCCAUCACUCCUCUGGUAAUAAGCUUUGUGCACAUUGGCUAGGAAGCCGGGCAGCUUGUCCGCAGGUACUAUUGAUACUGCGCAGCCUCCCCAUCCUGCUCCAGUAAGUCGUGACCCUUGAGCCCCCAACUUCCUAAAACAAUGAGAAAAAAAAUAUUAGAACCUGUAAAUGAAAAUGCAACUGAUUUGCUUGAUGUUUGUAGAACACAUAGCCUAUCUAAGUUCUAAGAAGAAAAUACAUGAGGGGUUUUUAGGUGUCAUCAAACAUUUUAGGACAUUAAGACAUUUAUACUGUUUCAGAGAGUGAUUUGGAAUUUUUUCAUUGUAUCUAAAUCUAGUCCCUGGUUUUGACUCCAAGUAGUAAGUCAACAGUACUCCUCCCAUUUCAUAACUAGCAAUAACCCACUGUAAUACUGAUUCCAUAAAGUAGCCACUUGAAGAGUUGUAUAGCAAGCUUACAGGUAAAUCAGGACGGAGGUGUUAAAAUAAAACAGGCAAUGGUAAAAGAAAUGUAGGCAACCCUGAAUCAGAAGGUCACUCCAAAUGAGGGCAAAUCAAAAUUUAAAAUGUACAGUCUUAUACAAGGUUUCCCCAGUGGCUAUUUCAGCUGCAUUCUUAAGUCCGGGCUAUUUCACAAAGAAGAAUCAGUCCCCUAGAACAGAUAGCCUAGUUCACUGAAUAAACUUAUCAACAAAAAGCUUGUUAUUAAACUCCAGGUUGGGUGGGUGAUUGGUUGACUCUCUAAUGGAAAAUUAAGCAAACCUUUCCACAAAGAGGAUGGCAGUCCCUAGAGUUCCACACCACCUUCCCUGUGCCUUCUGGAGCUGGUCUGAUUACUGGACUCAGAAUUUGACAUCAGAUGAGAUGUAUCUGAUUGGGAUGGCAACAACUAUAUAAAGGACCACACAGUAAGAGUUAAUUUUAGUUACUGUAAACCAGGCACAGUUUCAAACCUAAGAUUUUAACCAAAGUGAAAGGCCCUAUCACAAUGUACACAGAUCACUUAGCUUUAAAAGAUGCAAUUUAUCCUGACAAGAAAGUUAACAUGUACUUAUAAUUAAUUCUUCUUAAUAAAAUCCACUCCAAAUUAUUAGUGGAUUAAAGGCUCUAUGAUUAAUUUAGUACAA